UUGAUCGCGGCUUGGCGGCGGCCUUCCCGGAGACGCAGGAGGCGGCUUUGGCAGCCGUUGGCGUCGCGCGCGAUUCCAGGAGGCGGGAAACCGGCGAGGGCAGCUCGGAGUACUUCUCCAUGGAGGACCAUCUGGCGUCCAUGGCUGCCCGCAUCGAGCCCGUCACCAAGCUCGGCUGGGAGCUGCGGAAGGCGGCCGAAGAGCUGGUGCCCAUGCUGUGGCCUGGGGAGGCGGCGCCGCAAGACAUCUCCGGCCUCAUCUCCUCGAUGGAGCAGGCGCCGGACCGCUUCCUCGACUGGAAGGAGUCGGCCACGCGCGCCGGUGCCGAUAUGGCGCUGUCCUUCGUCCUCUCCUGGUACAACGAGGUGGACCUGGGGCAGCUUGAGUUCCGGCGAGCCGGCGUGGAGGACAAGCUCCCAGCCGACUUCAAGGCCGCCCGCCUUGCUCGAGCCAGCACCAUCGCCGACUUCGUCGACAAGACGCUCUUCGUCGCGGACCCGAACCCUCCUCCAUCCGAUGGAGAAUACAUGGAUGAUGAGGAGGCGGAAGAUGUGCCUGAGGAUGACCCGGCCGCCGGCUCCACUGAUGCCCCUCCGGCUUAG